GUGUAGGGCAGCUCCCUGUGCCGAGGCGCCCGCGGCCAUCCCUGUGCUGGGCGGCGCGCUUCCGCCGGCGUGCGGGUCUGAAUCCGCAGUGGUGUGCGGGUGAUGGAGCGGCGGGCAGGCUGUCGGCUUAGGCCAUGGAUGCUGUUAGUGCUCCUGUUGCCGGUGCAGGGCCGCCAGAAGGAGUCAGGCUCAAAAUGGAAAGUAUUUAUUGACCAAAUUAACAGGGCUUUGGAGAAUUAUGAACCAUGUUCAAGUCAAAACUGCAGCUGCUAUCACGGCAUCAUAGAAGAGGACCUGACUCCUUUUCGAGGUGGUAUCUCCAGGAAGAUGAUGGCCGAGGUGGUCAGACGGAAGCUAGGAACCCACUACCAGAUCAUUAAGAACAGGUUAUACAGGGAAGAUGACUGCAUGUUUCCCUCCAGGUGUAGUGGCGUCGAACACUUUCUUUUGGAAAUUAUUAGUGGCCUCCCUGACAUGGAAAUGGUAAUCAAUGUACGAGAUUACCCUCAGGUUCCUAGAUGGAUGGAGCCUACCAUUCCUGUCUUCUCCUUCAGUAAGACAUCGGAGUACCAUGAUAUCAUGUAUCCUGCAUGGACAUUUUGGGAAGGGGGCCCUGCUGUGUGGCCACUGUAUCCUACAGGUCUCGGACGGUGGGACCUCUUCAGAGAAGAUAUGAUGAGGUCAGCAGCACAGUGGCCAUGGGAAAAGAAAAAUUCUACAGCGUAUUUCAGAGGAUCAAGGACAAGCCCAGAAAGAGAUCCUCUCAUUCUCCUAUCUCGGAAAAAUCCAAAACUCGUUGAUGCAGAAUACACCAAAAACCAGGCCUGGAAAUCUAUGAAAGAUACCUUGGGAAAACCAGCUGCUAAGGAUGUGCACCUUAUAGACCACUGCAAAUACAAGUAUCUGUUUAAUUUUCGAGGUGUGGCUGCAAGUUUCCGGUUCAAACACCUCUUCUUGUGUGGUUCGCUGGUCUUCCAUGUUGGUGAUGAGUGGGUAGAAUUCUUUUACCCACAGCUAAAGCCAUGGGUUCACUACAUCCCAGUUAAAACAGACCUCUCCAAUGUCCAGGAGCUGUUGCAAUUUGUAAAAGCAAAUGAUGAUAUUGCUCAGGAAAUUGCUGAAAGGGGAAGCCAGUUCAUCAUAAACCAUUUGCAGAUGGAUGACAUCACCUGUUACUGGGAGAACCUCUUGACUGAAUACUCCAAAUUCCUGUCCUACAAUGUAACAAGAAGGAAAGAUUAUGAUCAGAUCAUUCCCAGACUUUUGAAAACUGAACUGUAGUAUCCGUCAGAGAACCAGAGUCCUGACAGUGAAUCUGAGGUGUUCUGUGGUAAAAUACCAUGAGCAUGAACCUAUACCCUGAACACCUUUGGUCAAGCCAAACACCCAGUUUUCCUUAUCAUGUCUAAUCCAGAGGGACUCUUGAGAAAGAUCUAAAAUGUGUGUAAUGAACAGAAACGAAGCAGCUCGGCCCUUUGAAAUCAUGAAAUAAGGAUUUGGAACUGCAUUCUAACCCUCAUUUUCUUAUGAUCAAUCAGAGCUUGUGCCUCAGGUCAUCUACAUGCUUCAUCACUGUGAAACUGACUGGAUCCACAUGAAGAUGCCCUCUUGUCCUGUCAUUUGGAGCCAACCAUUGAUCAUUGGGAACGAGUACAAUACACUAGCAACUCUGAAGUUAUUCUAGGCCCGAUCUCUGUUCUUUUAUUUUACUAUGGAGUUUGUGAAAAAUCCUUUGGUGUUUGUGAGAAAUACCACAGUGAUCAUUCUUUCAAGAGUCUAAAGAAAGAGGAGCUCUGCCAUGCAGUGCUGUUGGAGUUCUUUGGCACUCAGGAAGUUUCUAUAAUGCCUCAGUUGCAUGAAUAACUUUUGCAGUUGGAUUUCAAGUUCCCAUUUUGUGCCUUUAUGCCCUUUGUCUCUCUAAAAGAGAGAGAUAAAGAGAAUUUAUUUUCUAAUAUGUUCAGGAAGCAGUCUCAUUGUGCCCCUGCAAUUCUAGCACUGCUGACGUAGAGGCAGGAAGAUGAGUUCAUGGCCACCCUCAGCUAACACAAGAGCUUAAGGGCAGCGUGGCUACACCCGGUCCUGUCUCAUAAAUCUAACUCACGUUUUGCACACCUUUUAUUUUGCCUUCUUAAGUUAGUGACUGCAGGACUGUCUCAAUUUGCAGACACCACAAUCUUCAUAUGUGAAGAUCACAUCAUGAAGUGGCAAUUGAUAGAGCUUUCAUUUUUUUACUUCUAUAUGAGGCAAUUUAGGCAGAUAAUUAUUGAAGAACUUCCUCAUUACCCUCCUGGAAAAGAUAUAAGGACAGCUUGUGUCAAGUUAAAGCUCCAGUGUCACUUCUUUGAACAUCGUUCUUGGCAGUUAGUGGCUAAUAUAACAGUCUGCUCAGGCCUGUAUCAUGUGCCACCAUGCUGCACUGUAGUUACUUGACUGUUUCUUCCACUGUUUUGUAAGCUUAUUGAUGGAUGAGAAUGUUUCACUGCUCUUGAUGUCUCCAUCACACAGCACAGUGCCUCAUGCAGAAUUAUUACGGAAGAACCAUUUUGGGGGGAUGAAUGAGUGGGGAAUGGACGGAUACACUCACUUGACUUAACAAAAUUGUUUUUAAAUUGCUCAGUUACUGGCUGUAAAGGGGAUGAGGUACAGUGUAAGAAAUGGGUCAAUAUAGAUCUUUACUUGCCCUCUCAAGGAGUAAGGGGUAUCUUUGUUUAUAUAAACAAGUUACUCAGAUCUUAUUUGUACCUCAUGUAGGUGGUAUGAGAAUGAUGUGUAGCAGUAUGUAGAGUGUGUGCUUUUGAAAAUAGUUUGUAUGCUCACACUUUUGAAGAUUUUGUUGUAAUACUAUCACGGUCCCAGACUUAACCAUUUUCUUCUCAAAUUUUCAUUUUCUCUACUGUAGAAAAGGUUUUAAUUGUUUUCAAUAUGACCAAAUACAGUAUGUUUUGUAA